GGGAUGACAUGUUCUCCUUUCAUCGGUGUUACAAGAUAGUAGAGAUGAAUGUUUGAAAAGCAGCACUACAGUGCAAGCAUGGCAUUUAGCCACUCUCACAUAAUGGCAGCCAGACGGCAUCAAGCGAGUAGAGUCAUUAUAGAAGUGGAUGAUUACAGCUCCAACCCCACACAGGCGUUUACAUUCUACAACAUUAACCAAGGACGCUUCCAGCCCCCACAUGUGCAAAUGGUGGAUCCUGUGCCACACGAUGCCCCAAAGCCCCCUGGGUAUACUCGGUUUGUCUGCAUUUCUGACACCCAUUCCAGAACUGAUCUCCUCCAGAUGCCCUAUGGAGAUGUUUUAAUUCAUGCUGGAGAUUUUACUGAGCUUGGGCUUCCAAGUGAAGUGAAGAAGUUUAAUGACUGGCUUGGAAGCCUGCCCUAUGAGUACAAGAUUGUCAUCGCUGGAAAUCAUGAGUUGACAUUUGACCAUGAGUUCAUGGCGGACUUAAUCAAACAAGAUUUCUAUUAUUUCCCUUCUGUGUCUAAGCUGAAGCCUGAAAACUAUGAAAAUGUACAGUCCCUCCUCACUAACUGCAUAUAUCUCCAAGAUUCUGAAGUAACCGUUAGGGGAUUCCGAAUUUAUGGCUCCCCAUGGCAGCCCUGGUUCUAUGGUUGGGGAUUUAACCUUCCGCGGGGUCAAGCCCUACUAGACAAGUGGAAUCUAAUACCUGAAGGAACAGACAUCCUUAUUACACAUGGGCCCCCUCUAGGUUUUUUAGACUGGGUUCCCAAGAAAUUGCAACGAGUUGGUUGUGUGGAAUUACUAAACACAGUGCAGCGGCGGAUACAACCCAGGCUUCAUGUGUUCGGUCACAUCCAUGAAGGUUAUGGAGUUAUGGCAGACGGAACAACAACGUAUGUGAACUCUUCAGUAUGCACUGUGAAUUACCAGCCAGUAAAUCCUCCAAUAGUUAUUGACCUACCAACCCCGAGGAACACAUGA